AUGAACUCCUUCGAAUACCUCUCGGACAUCAACGACAACCUGAUAUGCUGCAUCUGCCAUGCUCCCUUCACGACCCCAGUAUCAUCCCCCUGCGGCCACACCUUCUGCAACCUCUGCAUCCUCACCUCGCUCUCCACAACCACGGCCGCCUGCCCGAUCGACCGGCAACCGCUCACCCGGGCCGACCUCGUGCGCGCGCCUAUCGUGCUGGAGAACCUCGUCCAGGAACUGCAGGUGAAAUGCAUGUGCGGGUGGACGGGCGAGCGCGCGCUGCUCGAGUCGCACCCGAUGGACAGGUGCUUGAACUUGAAGUAUACAUGUCAGGAGUUGGGGUGUGGGCGGGUGGUGCUGAGGAAUGAGGUCAAGGAGCAUAGGGAGGUGUGUGAGGGACGGAUGCGGGAAUGCGAGGCGUGUCAGGAGAAGGUUUUGAGCGGUGAUUAUGAGGUGCACAUUCUCACAUGCGACAAGGUGCCCAUCGAAUGCGAGUUCUGUUCCGCCUCCGUCGCACGCGGGGAGCUCGCCGAGCACCAAGAGAAAACCUGCCCGGAGGUGUCCACCUCCUGCCCGCACCUCCGUUUCGGCUGCCUCUGGCAAGGCCCCAGGCGCGAUCUCACAUCCUCGCACCUGCCCACGAUCUGCCCCUUCGAGCGGAUGAAAACCUUCUUCGAACUCCACGAAUCCAAACUGGCGGCCCUCAUCCUCGAAAACCAAGGGCUGCAAUCCCAACUCGACACCCUCCGCCACCACGUCCUCGCCAUCGAAGACGCGCGGCGCGCCGAGUCCGCCGCCCUGGCUGCCAACCAGAAGUACUUUGCGGAAGUCAUGGACGUCACCGCGGACCGCAUGGCGCGCCUAGUGGAGGAACACCACAUGGACCGGCUGGAGAUGGGCCACCUCAAAGACAGGUGUGCGGCGCUGGAGGCCCGGAUGCAUGUCGCGGAGCUGGACGCGGGGUCGCGGCAGAGGGAGGAGGUGGGGUCGAUCAGGGCGUUGUGUCGCGUGUUGGAGGAGCAGGUUUUGGGAAGGGGGCCUGGGGAUGGGAUGCCGGUUCCCGCCGCGAUACAUGGCAGACGCACCCCAACGCAUUCGACACUGUCUAGUCCGGACCGCGGAAGCUCCACCACCACCACCACGACAUCAUCGUUUCCCUCAUCCCCAGCAACAGCGGCGUCCAUCACACCAUCACCCACUCGGACACUCCUCACACACCACCCCAACCUCCAACUCAAACAGCAACUGGACGGCAUCCGCAAGAAGUUUGACCGCAUGAAAUUGGACGAGGGCGGGUUGUGGGAUCGGGUCGUGGGUGUGGCUGCCGCGGAGGGGGUGGGUAGUAGUAGUAGUGGCAGCGAGACGGCGGGACCGGACACGGAGGAUGCGAGGCGGGGGUUGGGUGGGAGGGUUGUGAGGAGGGAAAGUGGGACCAAGUUGUAG